CACUUUCCCACUUCAUACUCAAUAAAAAAAUAAACAGAUGAAAUCCAAUUAAGAUGCAAACAUGCAGUGAAGAUGAGUGAUAAUAAAAUACUCCAUUGAUGAUACUUCGUUAACUCAAUUCAAUUCUUAACUCACUUUCUUCCUUCAUCCUCUUAAUGGGUCGCCUUUCUCAAUCUUCACCGGAAACCACCUCUUCAGUUGACGACAAUGGCGCCGAUCUAGGGUUUCGAUCUAACUACGAUCGUUCUCUAUUCAAACGCACACAUCCUCCUCACUCUUCUGACACCUCCAAAUUAUCUGAUCGACAGUUUUUUGCCACUGGACAUCGUUUUCGUUCUCGGAGGAAAACUUUUCAACUCAAAGGAAAUUCGUUAGUUUACGUUAUUAUUUUAGUUGCUGUGUUUGGCUUUGCGUUGGCUUCUAUGGUGUUGCAGAGUUCUAUUACUUCUGUGUUCAGACAAGGUGUUAAUGUCGGUGGAAUGUCUUCUCAGGGGUUGAAGCUUGGUACUAGUUUACGAUUUGUUCCUUCUAUGAGGUUUCUUGAAGAAGGUCGGCUUGAUCUGCUUCGGAAGAUGCCUCGGAUUGGUGUUAGAGCACCUAGACUUGCUCUUAUUUUAGGAAACAUGAAGAAAAACUCUGAGACAUUAAUGUUGUUCACACUGAUGAAGAACUUGCGGCAUAUUGGCUACAAGUUGAAGUGCUAUGCUCUGAAGGACGGUGAAGCACGAGCAAUGUGGGAAGAAAUAGGAGGUCGAAUGACAAUUCUAAGUCUUGAAAGAUAUGAACAUUUUGAUUGGUCCCAAUAUGAAGGUGUCAUUGUGAAUUCUCUUGAGGCUAAAGAAGUAAUAUCAAGCCUCAUGCAGGCGCCAUUUUGUUCUGUGCCGGUUGUAUGGAUUAUUCAAGAUGAUAGCCUUGCAAAGCGUCUUCUGCAUUACAACAAGAUGGGCUGGGACCAACUUAUUUCCCAUUGGCAAAUUGCAUUUGGCAGAGCUGAUGUUGUUGUCUUUCAUGAUUUUUCCUUGCCGAUGUUGUAUAGUGUCCUUGACAAUGGAAACUUCUUUGUAAUUCCUGGAUCUCCAAUUGAUGUGUGGGCUGCGGAACGCUAUCUUAAAACCCACUCCAAAAACGAUUUGCGGAAAAGAAAUGAUUAUGAUGCAGAUGAUGUGCUGGUUGUGGUUCUUGGAAGUUCAAUCUUCUACAAUGAACUAUCUUGGGAUUAUGCUGUUGCGAUGCAUACUAUUGGACCUCUUCUUACCAAGUAUGCCAAGGGGAAGGAUGCUGAUGGAUCAUUUAAAUUCAUCUUUUUAUGUGGGAAUACCAGUUACGGGUCAAAUGAUGCUUUAGAGGGUAUUGCUUCUCGCCUAAGACUUAGUCCUGGUUCCAUAAGGCAUUAUAGCAUGGGCCAUGAUGUGAAUGGAGUGUUAUUGAUGGCUGACAUAGUUCUUUACGGAUCAUCACAAGAUGAAGAAGCCUUCCCGUCAUUAUUAAUCAGAGCUAUGUCCUUUGGAAUUCCCGUAGUUGUACCUGAUCUUCAAGUGAUAAGUAAAUAUGUUGUUGAUGGUGUUCAUGGAAUGGUUUUCUCUAAGAAUAACCCAGAUGAUUUGCUGAGAAUCUUCUCGCUUUUAAUUUCAAGUGAAGGAAAACUGUCCAAGUUUGCUGAUGUAGUGGGCUCUACUGGGAAGCUUCUUGCUAGGAACUUGUUAGCUUUUGAGUCUAUAAUUGGCUAUGCGAAGCUUAUGGAAAAUGUUCUAAAUUUUCCUUCAGAUGCUUCUCUGCCUGCACCAAUAUCUCAGAUUCAACAGGAUUCAUGGGAAUGGAAUUCCUUCAGUGAAGUGAUGGAACAGACAGCUGAUGGCAUGACAAGUAUGGAUGAGGAAGGAAAUAUAAUGGAAGGGUCUAUUUUGAUUCGGAUGCUUGAGGAAGAUUUUAAUACUUUUGCAACUUUGAGGAAUAUGUCUGUGGACACUAUUGACAUCGCAAAACAGGAUCUUAUAAGCACUGACGAUCUAAAUGGUGCUGAAGAGAUAGCAAGCUUUGAAGAGUUUGAGAGGCGAGAAAUGGAUCAGAUUGAUGAGAGAACGGAAAAGGACCCUGGUGUUUGGGAUGUGAUAUACCGAAAUGCUCGUAAAUCUGAGAAACUCCGGUUUGAAGUUAACGAAAGAGACGAUGGUGAAUUACAAAGAACAGGUCGCCGGAUAUGCAUUUAUGAAGCUUAUAGUGGUGCUGGGGCCUGGCCCCUUUUGCAUCAUGGUUCUCUGUACCGUGGUUUGAGUCUUUCUAGAAGAUCACGGAGAUUAAGCUCUGAUGAUGUGGAUGCAGCUUAUAGACUUCCCUUCCUAAAUGACCCCCAUUAUCGGGACAUUCUCUGUGAAAUGGGAGGCAUGUUUUCUAUUGCAUAUAAGGUGGAUGAUAUACACAAGAGACCAUGGAUUGGAUUUCAGUCAUGGAAAGCUUCGGGUAGAGGGGUUUCACUGUCUCAUAAAGCUGAAAUUUCUCUUGAAGAUAUAAUACAGAAUGAAACCAAAGGAGAGGCUAUUUACUUCUGGACACGAUUGGACACAGACCUUGGUCUUUCAGAAAGCAAUAGCUUGAUUUCGUUUUGGUCAACAUGUGAUGUCUUAAAUGGAGGAUAUUGCAGAACGGCUUUUGAAAAUGCAUUUCGCCGUAUGUACGGCUUGCCUUCAAAUGUCGAUGCCCUUCCUUCAAUGCCCGAGGAUUCUGAUCACUGGUCUGCUUUGCAUAGCUGGGUCAUGCCAACAUCUUCCUUUCUGGAAUUCAUGAUGUUCUCGAGGAUGUUUGUUGAUUCUCUUGAUGCUUUACAUAGUGACGGAAGUAGAACAACUCACUGUCCACUGGGAGUUUCAGAAAUUGAGAAAAAACACUGUUAUUGUCGUGUUUUGGAGCUUCUAGUCAAUGUCUGGGCCUAUCAUAGCGCACGGAGUAUGGUAUACAUUGAUCCACGUACGGGUAUACUGGAAGAACAGCACCCUGUAAAUCAAAGGAAAGGAUCUAUGUGGGUCAAAUACUUCAACUUUACACUGUUGAAAACCAUGGACGAAGAUCUUGCAGAAGCUGCCGAUGAUGGUGAUCUGCAACGUGAAGCCUGGUUGUGGCCGUUGACCGGGGAAGUGCAUUGGCAAGGCAUAUACGAAAGGGAAAGGGAGCAAAGAUAUAGGCUCAAAAUGGAUAAGAAACGAAAAAUUAAAGAGAAACUAAUUGAGAGGAUGAAGUACGGGUAUAAACAGAAAUCUCUUGGAAAAUAAGCAAUCUCUAGAACUAAACCCCGCGAUGUCAUAGUACAGAAGCUUGCUUCUGCUAGAAAACGACUAAGCCAACAUAAAUCAGCGACAUUCUUUGCUAGCUACGUAAUCUCUCGUCAUUGUGUAUUCGUAUCAUCAAAGGUGAGGCCUUCAAAAUAUCAAGUGGGACACAUGACUGCUCGGUUGCUAAAAUUUGAGAAGCAGCAGCAAUUGCUUGUUAGUUGCUCGGCCAUGUUGACAAGAGCAAGACAUUCGUUUAGAUUCUUUUGCUUACUAAUUGAUGUUAAAUGAACGUGUAUAUUCUCAUCUGACUGACUGUAUAUUGGCCAGUGGCAUGAAAUGCAAAUUUUGAUGGAAUAGGUUCAAUCUCUA